GUCUUCACAUCAGACAUGAGGUUCAAAGAAGAAGCUGCCGUGAUUCAUAGUAUCUAGGUACACUGUGCCGGAUUAUGAUUCAACACCGAUGACGACCGAGAGAUCGGGAGUGUACCUUGUCCUGCCUCCUAAAACGAUGAGAUGUACCUAACCGCAUGCAUAAUGUGUACUGCUUUGAGAGGAACAUUGAUCAUGUUCUGGUCGAAUAGAGUAUUCGGCUCUUCGCCAAGAAGCUGCCACGCGAUCAAUCGAGUAUCUCAGCCCGACUCUCGCUGCUUCACCGCAAACACGAAUCGAGUACUCACUACCUACACGAACGCAAUGUCGAUUUCCCUGAACACCUUGAACUUGUUGGAUGCUUCUUCCAUAUGUUCCCCGCCUCCAGUCUCCUUCCCGGUUCCCCUUGUCGACGGAAUCACCCAGUCGAAGGGGACAUCCACGGAAGAUGAUUCAUUGUGGUUUCACUCCCGCGAUACAAGUCACUCAGAAGAUGUUACCGGAACUGGAAACUCGUUACUAGAGCAAAUUUCUGCUCAAAUCGUUUCGAGUCAGCAGGGAUGGGAAUGUACAUGCGGUUCAGGUCGCAAAUUUGCGAGCGGCGCGACCGGUUGUGCACCAGGAGGACGUCCCGAUGGAAGCUGGGGAGGACCGGAAUCUGACCAUUCCGAGGCGAUGCGGCAGGCGAUACGAAAGAGGAAUGGGGUGCUCUUGAUAUCGGGUGUUUUGGGUUUCCUGGGACAACUCUACUCUGAAAUUGAUUGUCUCUGCCGCUGGUACCGCUGGAAAAUCGCCUUCCUUGCUGAGGUAGAAAGACGGUCACUAGGGAAAGAUACCAGAAUUCACGCGGAAAACCUUUUUGCUGAAUGUGGAUGCGAGUUUGUGCUCGUAGAAGACAAGCCUACCAGUUCGGAUAGGCGAUACGAUGUUCUUACCAAGAUUGGAACGAAAUCUCUGGAUUAUGGCUGGGAUCGCUCUAUAUGUGUCCCGCGUGAUCGCAAGGGGACGCCGAUAUCUAUGCAGGCCAACGUGGGUACAACCAACCCUUCACAUACCAAAUCUAGUCAUAGCGCAAAAGCCCACGCUCAUGAACUUCGAUCUCACCGCUGUCCAAACAACGUCGACCUGCUUUACCAGCGUUCCCUCUUCUCGUCUCAUGUUACCUCCGCAUCCUGCUCUAUCCAGACUAUGGAACCGCUUGAAACCGUCGCAUCGCUUUCUCCAUCCCACUCCAUCGACACUGUAUCUCUCUGGCCCACUCAAUCAACCGCUGGUUCAUGCCCGACGCACGUGAUUAUCUCGAUGAUGCCUCCUCACGAUCGAUCUUCACGUAAGGAAUCGAAAGUCGAAUGGAACCCUCUUCCAGGGAACUGUCUCGGUCUUACCGCCAUAGUAGGGCUGGUCGCAGAGUGUCUGAUGCUGAAGCGUCGCAUCGAUCGCUUGAUCGGCCAAUCUAGGCGUACCAACCACGACUUGUUGCGGCUAAAACAUUGUCAAGCGGCUUUGUCGACGCUAAUGCCCCGACUGUGGCAGCAGGUCUGGACGUCGAUACAGGAGAACGAGACGGAAGUCGUGAGGUCGCAAGAUGUCAUCGACGCUCUUGCCAAAGAGGAUAUAUGCGCGAAACAGUUCAGCGUUGACGAGGCGCCACCCGGAGUCGAGGUUCUUCAAAGAACUCAGCUGUACAAGCUCUCGGCUGAUCACCCUCAGGCUGGUGAUGGAUCGCUUUGCUGGUUCGUUACUGUUCCAACCUCCACUACAUCCGAAGCCGGUAUCAAGGGGGUUGUGAUGCCACAGAUUAACGAAAUCGAUACAUAG